GUGGGUUUGGCGUUUUCGGAAGCGGCGCGUGUGUGCCUGAGCCUCGCGGCGCCGGGAGGCAGAAGGCGAGGGGCGAUGGCCGGAAGGCAGGACAUGUUCGACGCCAUCGUGAUGGCGGACGAGAGGUGAAGAGAGCUGAGCGUCCAGAGCGAGAGACUUGCCGGAGGAGCCAUCAGGAAGUGCCAGAGCUGGCGCCGAAACUCUCUUGACUCGGGUCUUAGGGCUUUCUGCCUCGCCCUGCGUCGUCUUCAUGGGGUGCGGAGGGCACAGGAGAGGAACGUGCUCCAGAAGGCGCACCCUUCCCCGUUUAUUUGCUGACGUGUGCCUCCUCCCCGUCAGAUUCCAUGGGGAAGGAUAUCAGGAAGGCUACAAAGAAGGCAGCUGUUUGGGUCGAAUUGAAGGAAGACAGCACGGGGCGUUGCACGGAGCCAAGAUUGGAUCUGAGAUCGGGUGCUAUCAAGGCUUUGCUUUUGCCUGGAAGCAUCUCCUGCACAGUGAUGCCAGCGAGAGAGACAGGAAGAUGAAGGUCUUGGAGGCCCUGAUCGGAAUGAUCCAAAAGUUCCCCUAUGACGACCCUGCUUACGACAGACUCCACGAGGACUUAGAGAGGAUCAGAGGGAAGUUUAAGCAGCUGUGUUCAUUACUAAACGUUCAGCCUGACUUCAAAAUGAGCGCAGAAGGCUCUGGACUUUCAUUUUGAAGAUGACAGACACAUGCGGAUAAAACUUCAAGGGACAGAUGUUUCCAUACUAAGAAUGUGAUUAAAGGCGAAACUGAUAGGGUAUUGGUUGUUCUGGAAGUGGGGGUCCUGGUUUGGCCUCCUGCCCCGUGAAUUUUUCGGCCUGGGUCACUGGUGCCCUGUCCCCUGUACUGCGUGAGCGAGGCUGCCCCCUGCUGCUCUGGCAUGGGGUGCUCUGCUGGCCUCCAGCAGCACGGGCCUGGCUGGUCCUGGACUGGCUGUAGCCCUGGGUAGGAUCACCCCCAGGCGUGGACUCAGGAACGUGUCCUUAAGAAGGAGGGAUGUGGUCGACCUGAAACAGGUUAGUGGGAAGUGAGGGCGGUAUUUCCACUUGAGACUUGGUGCUGCAGGCCCUGUGUGACCUGACUUGGCUCAUCUCCUCAGUAGGUCACAGAUGAGGAGACCGAGAGCCCAGGAGUUGUCUAGUCUGAGGGCCCCAGCAGCAGGGCUAGGACCUCCAUCUAGCCAGUCAUGCAGCUCACGAAGUGCCUCCUUGGAGUGUGCAGGGUGGCCCCCGAUCACCUGGGGGCCCUGUCCUCUGUCUCUGCGGUGCUGGGCCCCGUGGGGCUCCAAGGCUCCACCAGGUUCAGUUUGCCUGGACACCUGGCUGAGGAAGAGAGGCCAGCCGGAUCCUGAGGGGCACAGAUGUGUCCCAAGUGGGGGGUGGACUUCGCAGCAUUAAGAGUGGUUGGGGGAAAUGUUCUGAAGCAGACUGGCCACUGGGCUGCUGCGCUGGGCUGAGUGGACACCCGAGGUGGCUAGCGUUUGGUUGUCCCCAGCUCAUCAUGCACCUCCUGUCCCCACUCCUGUUCUGGAGCGCCUGUCAGCAGUGAGUGAAGAGAUGAGGGGAAAGUGGCAACGUGCAGGGCUCUCGCGCCAGGUGGGGACAGAUGGGUUAAUGCUGAAGCACCAGGUGCAGGCCCGUCCUCCCAGACCUCCUGCAGCUGCGCAGGCCUCUGGAAGUCCCCGUGGCUGCCACCUUCCAGCGUCUUCCAGCGUCUUCCAGCGUCUUCGAGGACCAGCAGCGCUUCCCUCCAGGCACUGGUGUGGGCGAGCCUUUGGGCUGCUGUCUCCUUGGUGGGCCUGUGUUUUCUGAGUUACCUGUUUAAUAUGUGUUAUUUUUCUUAGUGGAAGAAUAAAUAGCUUAUUUUAAAGUAAGAUUGUAUCUGGGACGGUUGAUAGCACCCCUCGAGCCACAGCGUUCCCCCAGUGGGGGCGUUGGGGUCUGGCUACAGAGGAGGCGUGUCCUCCCGUGUCCUGAAACACAGGGCAGGCAGGGUGAGCACAGUCCCCAUCCUGCUGCCCUGGCCAGCCGCCUGCCUGCAGCCAGCAGGGUCCCCCUCGACAUGCCCCCACCCCUCAGCCUCCCACCAAGCCUCCUGCUUCCCCAACCCCCACGCUUUGCCCUCUUCCCCCUCCCCCAUUGCAUCUGUUCGCAGCAGGGCACCACUUCUCUCCCACUUCCCUCACCUGAAGCCACACCUGCUCACUGACCUUGACCUGUGCCCUCCUGGCCUUCCUGGAGCACUGGGCCCAGUUUCUAGGAUGCCUUGGUCUCCCAGACAGACCUAGAUUGCCAUGCAAACAGAGCCUCCUUAACAGUCGCCUGCUGUGCCCAGUGGGGCCUCCGGACCUGGGUCAGCAGUGGCUGCGUCUCCUGGUUGCUGAGGUUUGGGCAUCCGGUGGAAGAGUCACGACACUAAGGAGUCACUGUCUCUGGGAUGUGACCCCAGGACCAGCACAGGCAGUGCUGCCAGCUGUAGAUGCAGAGGCUCUGGAAGGAACCUGGGACCUUGGUGUCACCAGUGGGCUGCUGUACAACCAGCCCCUGAGCCUCCUGCUUUCAGACCUGACCUGAGCUGCUCAUGGCCCGGUGGGCCACGGCUGCUUGGGGGUUUCUGUUGCUUGCAGACAAGCCUCCUGCCUGCUGUCCCAUCCUGUCUGGCCAGGUUUCUGGGUGGUGGUCUGACACCACGUCAUCCCUUCUGGUGGGUCUCCAGGGGCUCGGCCCCCCACCUUCCUGUCAGAACCCCAGUGUGCUUUGUGCCACACAUGCGUUUCUGUACCAGUGUGCCAGUCUCCU